CUUGCUUUGGAAAAAUGUUUCAAAUCGUUUCACGCGCCUGAAUAAAACUUCCUGCCUUAACAGUAAAUAUUUUGAAGCAAAACGUUUUAUUAUACCUAAAUACUGCUUUGAUAUUCUUGUCAUGAUAAACGCUGAUGAAGUCGCUAAACUGUGUUACGAGCGUUUCCGACAGCUGCCCCGGAGAGGGAAGCCGGAGGCCGGCAGAGAGUGGAGCCUGUUGGCCGCUGUGCUCCGGGUCAACCGGAGCCUAAACACUGGAUCAGUUGAGAUGGAGGUCGUUUCUUUGGGAACUGGGACUAAAUGUGUCGGAAAAGCAGCCAUGAGUCCCGCCGGGGACGUGCUCAACGACAGCCAUGCAGAAGUCAUUGCCAGAAGGGGCUGCAUCAGGUAUCUGAUCCAGGAGCUGCACGGCGCCGUCAGCGGUCGCUGCAGCUCGCUGUUUCGCCCGGCGGAUCAGAGAGGGAAGUGGAGGCUUCAGCCGGGAGUUUCCUUCCUCCUCUUUACCAGUCACACUCCAUGUGGUGACGCUUCCAUUAUUCCCAUGACUGACUCCCAGUCCCAGCCCUGCCCUCCUGUUACAUCGGCGAACCGCCGUCCAGAGCAGGAUGGAGGGGGGAACCUGAAGAGGAAAGCUGAGGAACCCGGAGACGGAGGGAACAUUAAGCUACCUCGUCUCCAAGAGAAAGAGACAAAAGAAGAGGAAACGGGCUGGACUGAAUCCAGGACUUGUUCCACUAAAGCACCUGAUCCAGACGAGUCUGCUCCAGCAACAGCAGAGGAGCUUGAACCAGACGGCCCUGCAGAGCCGCAUCACCCAGCCUGUUCACGUCCACAGGUCACAGAUGUUCACAGGACGGGUGCCAAGUGUGUCCCUGGAGGCCAGGCGGACCCUCUGCACCCUGGGGCGGGCUACCACAGCACCGGGGUCCUCCGUGUAAAGCCAGGUCGGGGAGCGCCCACCCUGUCCCUGUCCUGCAGUGACAAACUGGCCCGUUGGGGGGUGCUGGGCUUCCAGGGGGCGCUGCUGUCCCACUACCUGGAGGAGGCUCUGUACUUCAGCACCAUCGUGGUGGGAAAGUGUCCAUACAGCCAGGAAGUCAUGCAGAGAGCCUUGGUGACGAGGAGCUCCCACGUGUCAGAUCUUCCAGAUGGUUUCUCCAUUUGUUCACCACUUCUCCUUCAGUCCAGUCUGGAGUUCCCGUUCAGCCAGAACCAAACGGAGCUCCAACACCGGAGCGAACAGGGACGCAUCUCGCCGUGUGGAGCAGCCAUCAGCUGGUGUAAUGUACCACAUCAGCCACUAGAUGUCACUGCCAACGGCUACAAACAUGGAGUCACCAAGAAAGUCCUGGGAACACCUAAAGCCAGGUCGCUUCUCUGCAAACUGGAGCUUUUUCAUUCGUUCCUGUCGCUCGUAGCGGCAACUGACCCCUCAGCUCUGCCUGACUCUCUCAGGUCAGGUGAGCUGCACACGUAUUGGGACUAUAAGCAGGCCUCCCAGCCGUACCAGCAGGCCUGGCAGCAGCUGCGUCAGCAGGCCUUCCCUCUGUGGCCGCGCAGCGACAGAAACCUCCUCCUGUUUCACUGAAAACCGACUCCACAGCAGGAAUGUCCUCGAUGAAAAAAACGACUUUGUUGCAGUGGGGACUCUGAGGUCCCAUGCAGAAACAUCCGCUGACCGGCAGAAAACUCUGAUUUCAAGCCGAGUACAGCAGAAUGAUUGGUUUCUCAUCACACCCUGUCUGUUAGCUCAGCUGCUCUGCAGCUCAGGGCGAGCAGCGGGACACCCCGCGCUGCCCUGCUGCUCAAAGACUGAUGUCUGCAUGUCUCUGCUUUACAGAGCAUUUCUGAAAACACAGCUGGGAUGUACCUGCUGGAUUAGUUCAGCUUUCUGCUUCACAUUGAUCUGUCAGGUUUUACUUCACCUGAUGGAGAUUCUUAGACUGUUGGUUUAUUGUUGCUUUUUAAAAAAUUUCAGCCUGUUUUAUGUUGUCAAGCAGCUUCUAACUGAGCAAUAUUUUGAUUCUACAGGUCGGUUAUUAUCUGAAUGGGGAAGCUGAACCAGAAUAGUGUUGAUUAUUACCAUAUAAUAAGAUGGGGGUAUUUUUAUUUUUAGGCCAUGUUUCUUUGGAUAACUUUUAUCCUUCCAUGACUGAAAUAUAGUCUCAAUUACUUGCUUUAUUGUCCAGACCCCAUAAUUUAAAAACAUUCAGUCUACAUAGAAAACUUUAUUUAGAUUUCAGCUUGGAUUAUGAAUUCAUCUACAUUUAUUUCUGAUGAAUAAAAAGUUUUGCCUUGUUUGCUUUAUGUGCAACAAUCCACCAUAAGUAAAAUCAUUGGCUUCAUUAUCGCCGUGUCGCAUUAGUUCUGAUGGAGUAGUGCUUCUUUUUAUGAAAACGUCUGAAGUUGGUGAAAUGAUGUUUGCUUAUCAGGAUACUAGCAAACCAGUUGACCUAGAAUGUUUUUUGUGUUUCUUACGCAUCUUAAAAAACCAGAGAGAAAAUGUGCAAAGUGUAGAUAAGUUAAUCAUAAAGGACACAACGAUCUAAACUACCAAACAUGAGGGCCUUGUCUUACAUGAUUAUUUCAAUUCUAGUAUAAAACAAACACAAACUGUUCCCUCUUACAUUGUAGGCUUUUAUUUAUCAGAACAUAAUAAAACAAUCUACUAAGUGUAUAUAUUUAACAAAAAGGAAGCCGUUUCCAUAGGAUUUUAAGAUAUUAGGAGCAGCUAGGUCCUGCUGCUUAAUCUCUGUAGAUUUAACGAUCAUCCUUUACCCCCCUAAUGUUCUCUCACCGUCCCAGGAUGGAAAGACAUCAGCAGUGACUUUAAAGAAGCAUAGAUGCUGAAUCACAAAGGAAACAUUUAACAGUAAGUAAAAUGAUUCCUGGCCUAGAGCGUAUAAACUGAAGCAGCUGGGCUGCAGACUUUGCAGGCCUCAGCAGGUCCAGUUUUGGAGUUUAGGACUAAAUACCAAAAAUAAUUGUAAGGAAUCUUUAACAAACAUAUAGAGUAAAUUUUGUUUCAUUUUUGUGGCUAGAUAAGAACAGGUUUUAUAAACGGCAAUGUAGAAAAAUUAACAUUAGGAAAAAAUAACUUUAGAACUAAAAAAAAUAGAUUUAAUCAUCAGGUUU